UGAGUUUUCCAAACCUCACAAGUCUUGGGCGAAGUUGUUCUUUCAGUGUCCCAAUAUCGGCGUGCUCCGGCGACAAAAUCUCUGACUGUCGUACCAUGUCACUCAUCCUUCAAGAUGUCAACUUUGCUGAUGGCGAAGCAAUCGCUAAUAUCUACAUCAGCGCUUUCUUCGAUGAUCCUUUCCAGCGAACCCUGUUCCCAGAUAUGCCAUUUGAUCAGCAAGUCGCCGGUGUGGUUUCACGAUGGCCAAACAACUACGGCGACAUUUCUGCGUUCUAUAAGAAAGUUAUAGGCACGACUUCCGGGGAGACUGUAGGAUAUUCGAAAUGGGGCUUUGCAUUCACCGACGCAGGACAAGUUCUCAAACGGUACUCUGAUAUCCCAAAGAAUGUGGAAGUCAAACCGCCUUCGACUCCUGAAGGUUUAGAUGAUGCUUUUGCAACCGAGUUUACUCGAAAUGCUGUUGAAGUCCGAGAUCGGAUUCUUGGACAAAGGCCACAACUCCAGCUCAAGAUGUUAGCAACUCUUCCUUCGUACCAGCGAAAAGGGGUUGCAGCUCUACAGCUGGCAUGGGCGACUGAACUUGCUGACAAGAAUGACUUGACGUGCUGGGUUGAAGGAUCAGCUGUAGCCGUUCCUCUCUACAGAAAGUUCGGAUUCGAAGUCAAGGAGACGAUUGUGUCUCAAUGCCGUGGGCUAGAUGGAGAAAUUGCUUACGUCUCAACUUGCAUGAUGCGUGAGCCAAGGCGAUAGGACAUUUGUGAAGAUAGAGAGUAUGCCAUAUCAACGAGACUUAUCUGACAGCAUGAGAGUAUUUAACUGUCUCUCCGAUUUCUGAAUCACCAUUGACUUUCACUUGAGUAGAACUCUGACAACACCAAGCUGUAUCAAUUUAUGACGAAUACAUUUCAUGAACCUCCUGUGCGCAAUCGCAUAAACGUUGUUCUCUCCAAGGUUGCUGCACCACAAGAUUCUAUACUUAAACGCUAUACUCAAAAGCAUCAUCUGGCUUUUUUGGCACAGAGAUAUUGCCUCGCGCUGAUGCAGCAUAAUCUGCGA